AUGUUUCUAGAUGUUCUCCCGUCGCAUCCGCAGAACGCGAUGGAGCAACUCGCAGGCCUCGCACUUGCCUUUCUCCUGAUCUCCCUCCUCCUUUGGUCGCGCAAACAUCUCAGACAGUAUCAGCACGAGACGUUCACAGAAUGGGCGAGAAAAUGCGGUGACGUCGUGUACGCCCGGCUUCUCACAAAAGAUGUCCUCAUCAUCAACUCUGCCGCUGCCGCACGGGCGCUCAUGGAGAAGCGCGGCGCAAAGUACUCUGGCCGACCUCCCUGCACGUACCUCAACGACCUAAGUGGAUUCAGCUGGAACAUUGGGUUUAUGCAGUACGACGACCGCUGGAGGCGCCAUCGCAGAUGGUUCCAGAAUGGGUUCCAGGUGAAGAAACGGCUCGACAGCUACGUGCCCAUCCAGCAGCGCGAGACGCGUCGAUUCCUCGUGGACCUGCUCCGAGAGCCCGACGCGUUCAUGGAUCACUUCAAGCGCCUCGCUGCUGCAAUUAUGCUCGAGGUCGGGUACGGCCACACGGUGACGUCCGUUGGUGAUGCGCACGUCCGCAAGGUAGACGCUGCAGUGGGGGGUAUCUUCGAGGCGGGCAACCCCGGCUCGAUGCUCGUCGACUUCUUCCCCGUCCUGAAGUGGAUACCCGCAUGGAUGCCAGGUGCGAGCUGGAAGCGGACCGCGGACCGCCUCCGCCCCGCUAUCGACUCGAUGAACCUCGAUCCGUUCAGGGCAAUCAUGGAGGCGACGACUGCAGGCACGGCGAAGCCGUCGUUCGCCACAGCAAUUCUGGAAGAGGCUCCAACAGACGAACCACUCUUGGCGGCGGAAGAGAGAGAGAUGAGUGGCGCGCGGGAACGGAAACGGUGCGUACAAUUCUUGUCUUACAAGGCGCAUAUACAGAGCGUGUAUGGUUCCCAGACAGUCAGCGUGCUCUCCCUGUUUGUGUUCGCCAUGGUCCGCCAUCCCGAAGUAUACACGACAGCACAAGCAGAGAUGGAUCGUAUCGUCGGACGUGAGAGGCUGCCUCAGUUUGACGACCGACAGGAGCUUCCGUACCUCGAGUGCGUGCUGAAAGAGGUGUAUAGGGCUAUGUUGCACGACGAAACGAUAUACGAGGACCCAGACGACUUCAAGCCUGAGCGUUUCCUCAAUAUCGAGCCCGCGCUCGCAGAAUUACGUGACCCCCGCAAGAUCGUGUUUGGGCAUGGACGACGAAUAUGUCCGGGACGCUUUCUGGGAGACAGCAGCAUCUGGCUCGUCAUCGCCAACAUGAUAGCCACCUUUGACCUUGCCAAGGCACGCGACUCAGCGGGGCGGGAUAUCACGCCCACAACGGAUUUCGUAUCUGGAUUCGUCAGACACCCGAAGCAUUUCGUCUGUGACAUCCGACCCCGAUCGGAGAGGAGUGCGGAGCUGAUCUCACGGAGCUUCCAAGAGGGCGAUGAAUGA